AAUAAUUAUUCGGAGUGAAAAAAUUGUUGCCUUUCUCAAAAAAGUAUUUUCUUCAAAGAAAACUCUCAUUUAAACUUAAAACCAGCAGAGAUAUUAGGAAUAUAAAAUGUCGAUUCGUCCAAGAAGGAAGUUUUGGUCAUCUUAUAAUAUCCCAUACCUUGGAGUAGCAGCUGUUUUGAUUAGUUUAAUUCCGAUUGCACUCGAACCAAUGAUAAACAGCAAAAAAUACAAGGAUAUUCAAAAGGAGACCCGGAAAAAUAUCAACCAAGAAGAGGUUCAACCGGGAAAUAUGCGAGUGUGGUCGGAUCCAUUUGGCAAAAAGAAUGACCGUGAUGAAGAUAACUGAAUUUGCAGAGAACAAUGCGGCUUAUUGCACAUUUUAACAGUUUAGUUAAUGUCAAGAUUCGUUUAAAAAAAACCUUGUAUAGAAAUGCAUUUAUAGUCUGAAAAAAUAAAAAAAAACAUCAAAACCAAAAGAAAA